UUUAUCGAUAAGUUGCUGUUGAACGUACAACAUUUUGCAAUCUGGCAACGCUUAUCUGGACAUAUCGGCGUUUUUGUUUAUAUUGUUUGUUGGCAAUUUCCAAUUAACGAGUGCUGACGAACAGGAGUUAGACGAUCUUCGACCAAGCAAUGUCACUGCCCAUGCACUUAAGCGUACAAACAUUCACAAGCAAAGCAUAAAAAAAAGUGACUCAGCCUAAAAUGGCUUUUCUGGGCGACUGUGUUAUCGUGUUCGUGUCGCAGAUGCUGUUCUUUGCUGGCGGUUGGUUGUUCUUCAACAAGCAACUUUUCAAACACUAUGAAAUUCGUCACAUAUCAGUACAGUUGAUAUUCUCCUCAACAUUUGCCCUGUCCAUAACAAUGUUCGAGUUAAUUAUAUUUGAAAUUAUUGACGUUUUGGAAUCUAGCUCCCGUUAUUUCCAUUGGCGUCUGGGUCUGACCCUUUUGUUGUUUAUGGUGACCGCCGUGAUACCUGUUUACAUUUGUUACUCUGUGAUACACAGCAUUUCCUUCUUCUCCGAUAGAUGGGUCCGCAUUUUGACUACUCUCUGUUGGUUUGUCUUCCUUUACGGUCUGUGGCGCAUCGGUGAACCAUUCCCGCUGCUCAGCGCCUCGCAUGGCAUCUUCACAAUCGAACAAGGAGUGUCACGCAUUAGUGUUAUUGGCGUAACUGUCAUGGCCAUACUCUCAGGGUUUGGUGCUGUCAAUUAUCCAUACACCAGCAUGACCUAUUUUAUCAAGCCCGUUUCGCGCAAUGACAUCAUAUGCUUUGAGCGCCGUUUGGCUUUGACCAUCGAUAUGCUGACUGCAAAAAAGAGGCGAAUUGCAAUGGCCAUAUAUAAUCAUAAUAAACAGCAUCCUGCGAAGCCGAGGAUUUGGGAUAUGCUCACCUCAGCAGUGCAACGUACAACUAGCUCUGGGGAGGACAUCAAUCAAUUAAAACUCGAAGUUUACGGUCUGGAAGAGUUGCAACGAUCCGUUUUUCUCGAGCUAAGUUCACUUAAGAACAUGGAAGAGCGUCAACGUUGGUCGCAAACAUUGCAAGGAAAAUACUUUAAUGUUCUAGGUCAUUUUUUUAGUGUCUAUUGUGUCUAUAAGAUAUUUAUGUGCUGUAUUAAUAUAAUAUUUGAUCGCGUUGGCCGUAAAGAUCCGGUGACGCGUGGCUUAGAAAUAGCCGUGCACUGGUGUGGCUUUGAUAUAGAUUUGGCUUUCUGGAACCAACAUGUGUCCUUUCUCCUGGUAGGGUGCAUUGUGGUUACAUCUAUACGCGGGCUGCUGCUUACGCUCACAAAGUUCUUCUAUCGUAUUUCAUCCAGCAAAUCAAGCAACAUUAUUGUAUUGAUUUUGGGUCAAAUUAUGGGCAUGUAUUUCUGCUCAUCAGUUCUGCUGAUGCGCAUGAAUAUGCCAGCCGAGUAUCGUGUGAUUAUUACAGAAGUCCUUGGCAAUUUGCACUUCAACUUCUAUCAUCGUUGGUUCGAUGUUAUUUUUCUGGUCAGCGCCCUCACUACCAUUAUUGUAUUGUAUUUGUCCCGCAAACCUGUUCGCGUGGACGAUACAGAUUUGCAUUAAACCAAAAGAGAGUAAAGAUCAUGACAUGUUAUGAUAAGCUAGGCACAAUUCGUAUAAAAUCAAUUCAUCAUAUUUAAUGCAAGCUUUAAGUUAAAGAGUUAAAUAUUUAUAUAUAUAACAUAUAUAUCUAUAAAUCCAUGAA